AUCAGCGGUGCGUAUACCUGUCUACGGUUAUUUUCAAAAACAUCAAUAUUUUAUUGGAGUCACAGCGGUUUCAGAUCGAGGCCCGCAGUCUCAGUAGACCACCAUUAACGAGGAGCAGUUUCAUCGUCUGGUUGUGUCCUCUGUUUGGUCAUGGGCACAUAUAUACAGGGAUUUGUCCCUGUCCUCUGUGUUUGUAUCGUCGUUUUCCUCUACUCUCAAGGCUCGAAAAGUGAGGAUGUCGACCUUCCCGUGGAUCCACAUCAUAUCGUCAAACGUUCGACAGCCGCAGCGCCAGCAGCAACCGAGUUCACUCUGACAAAGGAUGUGAACGCUCCAUCAUCGCCGAUCAAAGUUGGACACGUAAUAGCGUUCACAUUGACCAUUGCAUUCAAAGCAGGCAAUACGGAUAUGACCGUGGAGCUAUUCACACCGGGGAACACCAACACCGCCAUGAUUCUGUGUGAUGUCCAGGUAGAUUCCAUAGGUUCUCUAGGCAUGACUGGCUCAACCAUGCCUGUCUACGAGUCAAAGGAUGGAAGCGUCUAUUACGACCGUGCUGUGAUAAACCUGGGAGUCGUGACCAACAACCUCUGCUCUACUCUGGCACAAUGUCAGAUGCUGAUUAGCUACAAGGCUGUAAUGAUAGACAAUCCUUUGGUCACGGAUGGACAGUACUGGAUCAGUGCGGGCGCCGAGUAUGAAAACCAAGCAUUCCUCUGGGUUGGUCAGUGCUCCGUAGAUAUCGUUAUGGACAAGGUCAUUUCCGCUCAGCCGACAGUUAACGUGACUGGCCCAGGGGAGGUGCCUAUCGGUUCUGUCAAUAUAUAUGGCGUAUCACUGUAUCUGCCCAACCCGAGCGAGUCCGUGACGUUCACCGGCUUCACACCUCUCAACACGUCCUCCGUCAUGACUAUCUGCAGCGCAAAAAUCAAGAGUAUGGGGUCUAACUUCAACUGUGGCUACGACAGUAGUCUUGUAACCAACACACUUUACCCUGCAACGACUGGUCUUGGUAAUGCGAUGGCGGAAGUGAAUGGAGGCACAUUCCUCAAUUCAGGUUCCCGCGUCAGUGAUGAUGCCUACGACGACAACGUCAUAGAGUUCGAGUUCAUAGUUCAUACAUACCUAGACUCGACCUUUGUGGACCAAACAUUCGAUGUAGGGGCCGCAUUGGACAUAUCAGGAAGUCAGAUAUGGGCAGCCACCACCUCCAGCAAAGGAAUUCCCGAGAUAAACACGCUAGAUGGGUCAUUCCCGAAUCUGAGCGUUGAUCCGGGCUACGAUUCAAAUGUUGAAAUCGACAAGUCGACCGCAAUUAUAUUGAAUAUCGCAAUACCCUAUAACACAACCUCCUCGUACCAAUUGACAGUGGAAACCCCCCUGAUCAAUGACGCGCCAGUGUUUCAGCUCUGUUCAGUUGUUCUCAUCUCGGCUGGCAACAAUCUACCUUGUGUGACAUUGGACAAGGCUACAAUAUACUUCGCGAGGAAUUCGGCUGGAAGCUACGCUGACAAGAGCGUUACGGACUUCGGGGGCGUAACCAAUCUUCCCAUUGAGGCUUCCUCUCAGCUAGCCAACUCGAUUAAAGCCCGUAUUGUCUUCACACCGUUAGACCAUCCUUCCGCAACAGUGAGCUCACAGCACGAUCUGACGGUGAUGCUGAGUAACGCGGAGCAAAGUACCACGAUAACAACCUUAUUUACCAUUGCAGGAACCAAUGCCGGUACUGCGAACGUGACUUCCCCUGAGUUCAACAUGACAUUCGGUAUUGGCACAGACAACGUACUAAUAGGACUAGCUACACGAGCCGUCCUGGAGGUUACUACCGCCCGUACCGACACGUACUCUAAGAUGGAUAUAGAGUUUAUCAUGGCCAGCGGUAACACCUCCUCGAAGUUCAAGGUGUGUCGGUCGAAGAUUUUGUCGGUGGGGGAAAACUUGCCUUGCAUUAUGCCUGCCUGGCUAAACGACAAGGUCACUUACACAUCCAAAUUUAAUGACAAUAUCAACAACCGAGCCGUAUACAACGUGGGCGGAGUGUGUAACCUCGAUCUGAACACUGACGUGGCAGAGGACAAGAUGUUAGUGGCUGUUGAUCUGGAGGUCCUUGACCAUGACGAAAUGAACGCUAAGGAAUGGAUCAGUGCUGGUUUCAUGUAUUCACCAACGAAGAUUUGGGUCGGACAAUUAGCCAUAAAUCCUAUCAGCGGGGUUGUCGCACCCACCACCACUCCAUACAUUCAUUUGAUCAAGAACACUACCCUGACAGUGGCACCCAUCGGCUUCCCAAUGGUGUAUAGCAUCAUCGUCAAGAUUGCGCCCGGCGAGAGUGCUGACCUCUUGGUAGUCGUGGAGUCCACUACAGCCGGUCUGCACGUGUGUGGUCUGCGUAUCAUGUCCGCUGGAGACAACUUUCCGUGUCUCGACCAGACGCUCGAGCCAGUUUUCGACACGUGGCCAACCGGUGACAACAAUAGGGCGACCUUUAACGCUAGUUACGUCACCAACGUAGGUAGUGACGCCCUGGUUAGCAAUGGUUUGUAUGACGACAACUCAAUCCUGUUUGAGGUCAUCGUGCAGCUCGCCUCCACCGUGGCUGAUGGGGCCGCGCUUGGCUUCACUACCACCGUGACGUAUGCCAGUGGCCAAAGCAAGGCCAUAGCGACUUCCCUGACUGCUACUAGCAACACCUCUAUCAUCGACAGGAAUGUAACUCAGAGCGCCAACUUCAGUUUUUACAUGGCUAGCAUAGACCAAAACGACACUACAUACAUCGCACAUAACGAAGCCAAACGCUUCAUCCUGGACAUGACACUGCCCGAGAGCCUGACCGGGGAGUACACCGUCAAGUUUCUCACCUCGCCCACUGCCCAUCCCGGUUUCAUGGAGGUGUGCGAUGCAGCCGUUAUUGAAGUCGGCAAGAACUUUCCGUGUUUACGCAAAACUGAGAUCCACUCAACCUUUGAAAAGCGGACGGACUCCAACUACAAUGGUAUCGCUACAUUAUACUUAGGAUUCAUAUGUAGUUCGGCUAUGAAGUCGGACGAGGUUUCAAACAGGAUUCGAGUAGAGGGCAUUUUUAAGCUGCUACAUAACACGUCCGCCGUGGCCGGAGAUACUCACACAGUCCACGUGGCAAUCAAUAACAACGAUUUCGAGAUAUUUGUGUCCAACGUGGAGCUCACUCAGACCGAUACACUGGAUCCUAAGUACAACAACACGAUUGACACGAAUCAGACAUCGCUGUACGUGAACCUGACAGAUGAUAUCAUAGACAUGAAGAUUGGUGCGAUCAUAACCUUUCCAAUAGUGUUCAACAUCAAUCCUGGUUCCGUCUCUAAAGUGAAGUUCGAUGUGGACACCCUCGCCAACAAUUCCGUGGUCGCCCUGGUAAAGGACAUCCGCCUCAAAGGUACCGGAAGUAACAUAGCGUGUCUGUACGUGGACGAGGCGCUCGACCAGACCUUCACACCAGUAUUAAAUUCUUCCCAAGGUACCUGCCAGAUCGACCAGGGAUAUGUGGACUUGGAUGUCGUCUCCAACCCAGGUCUGUCAUACCGGAAGGGGACGAAUGCUGACGGUGAUGACAGUAUCCACUUGGAGGUUGAUCUCAUGUUGACAGAUUUUGAACUGGCAGAACACAAUGCUGUCUUUUCCAUCAGUUUUGGUGGCAUGGUAACAAAUAUCAUCGUUCUCUGUGAACAGAAGAUAAGAGUGAUCCGAGAUAACAGCGAGAAACCGGAACUAGAGUUCACCGCCGAUGUUAACGGCACCCUGUCAAACGACACUCAUAUCUUCAUAGAUGGCGUGAUCGUUCACACCAACACGUCCUCGGGUAGAGCUGUUAACGCCUCAUUGUUUAUGUUCCUGCCGCCCUACCUAUUCUUCGCAAACCUGACUCAGACCAACGUCACUCCAGUUGAGAUUAUUAACGAAAAGGGAUACAUCGAAGUACGGUUCGGAGACCUACUCCUGUGUAACGCGGUUGCAUUCACGGUAUUACUUGAGACUAACAACUCGGUGGAGGUGCCAAUAGACAUCGUACCAGCCAAUACCACCGUAUAUAUGGAGGCUGGCAGCAACGUCUAUCAGAGAUCGGGCAGCACACUAGCCAGUGACGCCUUCUUAACAACAGAGACACAGGUCCUCAGCUUCAGCGCUAAGGUCACGCAGGACGAUUCCUGCAAUGAUAUCAUGGGUAUGGAGACGGGCAUUAUCAAGGAUUGUCAGCUUGCCUCAUCCUUCGAGAGUGAUCGACAGUACCCCGCCAUACACGGCCGGUUCAAGGGAAAUUCUGCCUGGGCACCUUUCGUACGCGGUGGAUCUCUCUCCCCCUACCGGUACUUCCAAGUCUACUUCGGAAACAUCACCCUUGUAGCCAAGAUCAUAAUGCAGCUCGGAAACAGGUCUCAGUUUCCUGAUACUGUUAACGUUAUCGCACUGUAUUACAGUAAUGACGGCACGGCAUAUGAAAAGGCCGAAGAGAUCGAAGUAAGCAGUAAAUUCACAGUCAGUGACACAAUCGAGGUGAGACCAGGAAGACCUACUCCAGCCAGAUAUAUCCGGAUAUAUCUCUUAACGGACACCGCGGGUACCGCCAUGGCCAAGAUCGGGCUCAAGUUUGAGUUUAUCGGAUGUUUCAAGUCGAGCGAUAUAACAGCAACCGAAAUCUGCAACCUUGUGACGAAGUAUCAGCCAACCCAACCAGAGUUUCACUUCCGAAGCAUGGCCCUCAACACAAAGACUUCGUCCCUACAUUUUUGUGACGCCACUCCGGUAACCGACGGAGUAUUCACGGAAGAGAUGCGAAUCGGAUGUGCCCGGUCGAAUGACGGCGACACAUUUACAAAAUUAUCAGACGUGGUGGGCUGCCUGCUGGGAUACGAUAAGACACAAGACCGGAUGUAUGCCUGGCACAAGAACAAGAGAACAAUGCUGAUGAGUACCAAUGACGGCGACAACUGGGACACUGUUAAUUUAGAUGCAUUCUUCACGUCGAGAGAUGCUGGACAAGACAACAAUGAGUUCCUGUUCUCGAAACCUAUCGGCUGGCAGUCCAGUGAUGAUUUAAACUCAUCUGAACCACACACAAAUUACCAACUGGGAAACUGGGGAGCCACACACAAAGGUCUCUUCUUCUUCAGCCAAGGCAGAUGGAAACAGCGCACGACAUGGAAUGCUGUUUAAUUUGGAAGUCAUGAGCUGUGAGGCGUGCAACCACGAGUACCAGUGGUCCACACGAAGACUUGCUUGGCAACUUUAAAAUAGUUUUAUACUGAAUAAAAAAACAUGUAUUGCUUUUAGUUGUUUACUUAAGGAAAUAGCCAAUAAUUGUAUAAGUAUUGCCUUCAUUUUAUGUUCUCCACUGAACAAACAUCCAACAAAUAUAUGCAUAUUAUCAUAAAAUAUCAAUAUAAAUGGGACGCGCUUAGCAGGAACCAAGUAUAUGAAGUAAACUCAUAAUGUAGAGUAACAGUCGAUGUUAUCUCCCCUGACUUUGACUUAUAAUGAUUAUCAUUGCUUCUAGGUUAUGUUUGUCCCACUAUCGACCGCGUUGUUUGAAGUCAGUGUUUCCGUCCAAUUAUUGCCUGUGAUAUUUUAUGUGAUAUGUCAUUUUCUAACUAAGAUGAUACAACAUUCAUGUGUUAAGAUGUUUACUUUUUAUUUUAUCGUAAAUAGUAAUUUGUUUACUUAUACAACAUUGUUACACAAACAAACAAACAGAUAGUUUUAUUGGGAAAAAAAUGUCCCUGUUUUAAACCUACUAUCCAUUUACUAAAAUAUUAUAGUUGUUAAUAAUUUAUGUUCAUUUUGAAAUGUCUUCAGAUAUUUGGGAUCACGUCCAGCAAUAUGAACUUCGAGUUAAGAUGUUUUAAACCUUCCAAAGACGUGCAGUUACGCACUGUGUAUGCUUUUAAUCAUCAUGUUUGUUAAAAUUUAUACUGCUGAUGAAUUUCUCUUUAAAUUUAGUAAUAAAUCAUUCUAAGAUUAUCGUU